AAAGGUAAUCAAUUUAGGAGUCUGGAAACAAUUAAGUAUUCCAAAAAUAGCAUUUGGGGACAUAGCAUUGUGCAGAUUUUCAUGCUUUUAUCACAAUGUGCGCUUUCAUUCUGCUUAUCUCCUACACUAAAGUUUAUACCUCUAAUUUUGCGUACCAAACCACUUUGUUGAUUCAUUAUACCAAUAAUGCCGUAUUUCGUCCAGGUGAAGAGCCACCCUGUAGAGAUACUGGUUUCGAUGUCAUUGUAUUAUAAGUAAUGUCUUUCUUCAAUGAAAGGUUCCCAGAAAACUUUGUUUGUCGCUGCUACUAUACACCAGUUAUGUUGGCAAGUUUGGCUUCAGUAGUGCAGCGGAAGCUUUUCAAAAAUCAUCAAGCGACAAGUGAAUAUAUGUCUUGCUAAAUAGACAGGAAAUUUUGCUAACCGAGACUUCAGUUGCGAGAAAAAUGUACGAUCAGCACAAUUUUAACAUUUAUAUUUUUGUCAAAUUUGAUAAUGCCAUCGGGAAAAGUGCAAAACUGCAAAGUAAAUAUAAUUUCAAUGUGUUCUGGUCUAUGUGAAAAAAGUUUAAAACUUGUUUUCCCGUGACUUUCUGCCGAUACGUCAUAGCAUUUCUUUUAAUCGAUCGAUAAAACAAUCGCAAAUAUCUUACGGUUAAACUAAAUGUAACAAGACUGUAAUAAUUUACCAAACCCAAGCCUGACAGCAAUCAGAUUGCACUGAUGACACUUAUCGACACAUGGUUGUUACAACUCUUUCGGCGGAGAUGGUAACGACGAAUUUAUAAGCGAAAGCUCAAGAGUUAAACAAUUUCCAAAUGAAUUCACACAAGCAGCUGGAAUAGAUGAAUUUUUAGCCCCUUAAAAUUCAUAGGUCAUUCGCAUCAACGUAAAACAAUUUCUUUAAACUAAUCGCCAUAUCCUGCAAAGGUAACAGUUAAACAACUUCAUCUUUGUAUUUCGCUGCAAAACUUCAUCAAAGACACAGUUUAACGAGUUUAAGCAGUGAAUAAAAUUUAUCCUUGACAUUGACUACUAUCUUGUAAAGUGAUAAUUUGUCAAUCUUGUUUUUAACAUUGUUUUGAAUCUGCCUAAGCACACUCUCACUCACUAUGCUUCAUAACUGAUUUUUGAGCAGCUAUAAGUUGCAAUUUUUAUUUCCUUAACGAUAAAGAACGUUGAGUUUUUGUUGAAAAGUCUAAGUCAAUCCAUGCAGAUAGUUUUUUUCAUAAAUUGCUCUAUGCUGGCAAACGUCACGCAAAAUUUACAUCCAAAUAUAUGAGAAGUUUGUAGAAUAAUUUGCGGUGUUAAAAUUAAAAUGGAAGGAACAGAAUGCUGGAAAAAAUGGAACAAAAAUAGGAAAAAUUAUUUCAAACAAAACUGCCACUCAAAGAGAACAGCCUCCUCGAUCUUGUAGGUCUAAAAACACUGUUAAAACAAGUGAUUCUGCCAUCGGUCAACCUCUUUUAAACAACCCAGAUUGCAAAACUCUUUAAUGACGACAUGUUUCGGAUAAUUGGCAGAGCCUGGUCGUCCUUCCAUCUAGCAGUUUUGGAGGUCGAUCUACAUACAAACGAAAAAGCCGACAUUGUGUAGACAGAAGGACUCCAGUGGUAAUUUUUCUUUAGGCUCGCGGCACUGAUUGGUCAACUAUACCGGUCUUGUGCUUGCGUUUUUCUGAUUGGCCUAUUUCGAUCCACAACUGGGUAUAUAUUUUUCAUCGUGUUCUUUCGGACCCUGAUUCUGACGUUUUAUGCUCUGAGGAGUGUCAGACGAAAAAGCUUUUAGUAUGUUGUAAAAUGUUUGCUUUUUUCAAAGCCAUUUUCAAAUUCUGUACCGCAAAAAAAAUUGUUCUUAUUUCAAUCAUAGUAAAAUAAUAACGAACAAUUUCUACUAGCAAUAUCGGUUCCACUUAUUACAUACUAGUUCCCAUUUGACAUUGGCUAGGUUCAAUAGUUUAACGUUUAAAGAAAAGCUGUGGUUGAUUUUGUGUAGCGGCUUUAGACGUAUACAAAUGAGCAUGUACUAAAAGCUUUCUUUUGGAGUGACAACUAUGAGGCCUUUGAAGAGCACAAGGAAGUUGAAAAUUGCUCAUGUUUGGGAAUUUCUGUCCAUCGAUUGCAUUUCAUGUUCUUCUCGUAAUAUAUAUUGAAUUUGUGAAUUUUAAAAAUUUGCGUUUUUCAGCUGGAAUAAGGGAUUGAUGUCAUGACAGAACUAUUAAAUGAAGAUGUUACAUAUUUAUCUGCGAAACUACAAGAAAUGUGACUCGGUUAGGAAAUACACUCAGUUCCUAACGCAUGUUCUUCAAUUUAAUUAGAAUUUUGAUUAAAUCAACACAAGCAAGCAACUUCGCCAAUAGAGAUUUUUAAAGUUAAGUCACAGGAACAGUGACCGCAAGCCACGUUUCCGGAAGCGUGGAAAAUACACGAUCGGCAAAGUUGAACUUUUAAUUUCUUUCAAAUCUGAUGAUAUCAUCGGAAAGAGCUUGCCAAACUAAUUAGAAAAUAUUAAAACAUAGAUGCGAACUGAUCUAUAUGCAAAAAGUUCGAAACUUUGUUUUGUCAUAGUUUAUACCUAUAGGUCAUAACGUUUUUUUAAUCGAUCGAUAAAACGAUCGCAAAUAUCUUACGGUUAGACUAAAUAUAUUGUGAUAAUAUUGUAAUGAUUUCUUCAACACAGUAACAAAAUUUGAUCAUUUAAGCAGCGCUCACAAGAACCUACAAUGUUGAUGAAAUAAAUGCUAACCAAACGUCCAAAGAUUGUCUUCACUUCAAAGUUUCUUUUCAUCUCAAACUGAGAUGUAUUAAUAAGUCUUCCUUAGCAAAACUUGUCUCUUACAUUCUGAAGGUAAUCCUGGUCAAGAGUCAUCUUGAAGAAGUACCUGGAGUUAGGGCACUUGCUCAGCAAACAAAGAAAUAUGUAAAAAUAUGUAAAAACUGUCAAAAGGUGUUUGGCUCGAGCGGAGAAGAUUGUUUUGGCUUUCCCUCCACGACACAGGCUACCAAGUAGCUCCACUAUGAUGAAAAAUAAACACAUCAAGUGCAAAAAAUUAUACUUGUGCUGUCCUCUUUCUGCAACUCUUUAGAAUAUUUAGCAGGUAAAAAAGUUUGAGCUACACUUAACAUUCAAGUGAAUGACUAUUUUCUUCAGCACCAUUUAACUCCAGUUUGCUUUGAUAAGCAAUACGGAAUAGUAUUCCACUUAACUUGGUUCAGAAAAAGCCCUGAUAUUGUUAUUGUUGUUUGAAGGCUGCGCAUUAAACAAAACAUUUCGUGUCUUAUCGAAUCUCACAUAAACAGGUAUUAAUAAGGGCAUUUUCUUGAUGCCAAUAAAUCAGAUAGUGAAUCGUCAAUGUAGUGGAGCCUUAAAAUGUGAAGAUAGAGUGUGUUGUUUAAUCAAAUAUGCGGUGACUUUUGACGAAGAGAAUUGGACAACAGUUACGCUUAUGCAAAAUUCCGAUUGAUCUAAAAACUUCAUCAAGAAAACCAGCUUCUGGUUGCUGUAUUUAUGAGUCCAUAUAUGGAUGUGAUGACGUAUAAUUCAUGAAUAUAUAUUAGUAAGUUUAUUAUACUUGCAUAGUUUAGAACCUGUUUGGUCAUAAAAGCUCGCACCGAUCACAAGUCUGCCUUAUUCUUUCAGAGCAAGAGUUGUGGUUAAACGAUCAUUUUACAUUGGUCAUUUGAAACCUGAAAAGCAAGAAUAGAAGAUCCGAAAAGCAGAGCAUAGAUAUAAAGAUUACGGUUGUCUUGCAAAAAAAAAGAUUUCAGUUGUCCAGUGACAGACCGGAAAGAGUGAAAGAUGCAACGAGGACUGAACAACACGACUACUCCUAUGAUGCCAUCAAUACUGCCUUAUCAGCCAGCAUUCCAUACAAGUCUUAUCAUUCUUAGUGUACUCACCACAGCACAUAACCUGCUAGUACUGGUUGUCUACAAAAAGAACCGAAGCUUGCAUACACCAACUAACUUUAUUCUCAGUAACCUGGCAUGCUGCGAUCUGAUGACAGGGUGUAUUUUUCUUCCACUGAUGAUCUCAACCUCGAUGGUGGUCAACAGAAGCCUCCAGUUUGCAACCAAUGUUUUUGCUGACCUCACCGUAAUCGGAAUUGUUUUGUGCCUCACGUCAGUAACAUAUGAACGUUACCUGAAUCUUUGCCACCCAUACCAAUAUCCAAUUAUUGUCAAUAAGUGUCGAGUUCGUAUUCUGGUUGGAGUCAUAUGGACCAUUGCUGCUCUCAUGUCCCUAGUCCCUAUUGUAUGGUCCCAUAACACUUUGAACAAAGCACCUGGGAAAGAGGCAAAGAGCUUCAAGCAAGCAUACCAAGCACACUCAUUGGUGGUGCUGGUGAUUUUCUUCGUUAUUCCAACAACAGUUUCCCUGUACGCCUUGAUUGCAAUGUUUUGUGUUGUUCGCAGGCUGACAAAGAAUGACCCGAUGGUUAAUGCGAAACUGAGAAGAAAAAGAGAGAGAAGAGUUGUGCUUGUUUUCUUGGCCAUGUAUGCUUGUCUCAUCAUCUGCUGGACCCCUAUGAUCCUGGUGCGUAUUUCACUUGAUUUUCACCUGAAUCUGUUCGUAUGGCAGAGGUGGCAUCUAGAGCUUUUUCUUUGCUUAAGGGGACUACCAUCUUUUACCAAUCCGCUUAUCUACGUAUGGUGCAAGCAGGAUUUCAGACAGAGUGUCUUCAAAAUCAAGGCAAUACAGAAAGUCACAACAAUGCGAACAAAGUUGGACAUUAGCGAGCGCAUCCUAAUGGUCACAAAAAAUGCUGAUUGAGAACGUUGAGUGCGAUAGCUGCUCCUUCUUUGUAUGAUGACCGCUAAAGUUAGAUUAGCCAAAUUACUGUUAGAAUUAAAGGUAAUGUGUCCAUAUAAAAGAACUGCGUAUACCCAACUUGUCAAGCCACCCAUCAAAAUAACAAUUUGUGAUUGGUUAGUGUUCUUGCAAUGCAAAAAUGUUCACAUGAAAAGCUGGCCUCGCAGCAGGAUAAAUAAACAGAACGACCGUAAUGACUGGGGCGAUGACAUGAAAAAUCACAUGUUUCUAAAAACCCCUGCAGAGUCGCUUGCUAUAGCUGGACACAUUACCUUUAAUUUGAUGUCAAGAAGAUUAUUGCGCAGUCUAAAUGAUUGCGAGUUACAAUGAAUUGUUUCAUGGAACUCAAUGCACACAAUACCGUAAAUCUUCGAAUUAGCCCGAAUUUUAGCUUCGAAUUUUUGGACGGGGGCUUAUUCGAGAGGGGGGCUUAUACGAGGGGGGGCUUAUAAAAUUAUUGUAGACAAUAAGAAGACGAAUUUGUCGUGGUAAUUCAAUAAAACGCCAUAGGCAACCUCAGAUAGCAAAAACCGUCAAAUUGAGGGGUCAAUUCGAGAAUAUACGGUAGCAGUGGGGGCUUAUUCGAGGAAGAGGGCUUUUUGACAGUUUGUAGUUUUAGAGUGUGGGCUCAUUCGAGGGAAGGGCUUUUUCGAGGGGGGGCUAAUUCGAGGAUUUACGGUAAUUACUGUUUCAGAAGGGUUUGUGUUCAUGUUACCUAGGUAUUGCAGAAUAGAUGCUGCGUUCUUUCUUUUUAUGGAGGGCAUGCAAGUCUUAUUGCGUAGAUAUUUUGACUUUAUUUAAGAAUAUCUAACAUUGGGCAGGUGUGACGCACUGUUUCGACAACAGUAAGUGAGAAAAAGUCAAGGGAACCUUUUUAUGGAUGGGACCAUUUGUUUAUAUCUGUUCAUUGUUUUCGAUAUGAUAAUUGGUUGUAUAUGCUGCAGACAUUAAGUUUGUUUUAACGUUAUUUAGACGAAUAUCUGCUCAUUUGAGUGACAGUGUUCUGACUUUAGAACGUUAUUUGCCAUAACUUUUUGCCAUAAUAGAAUUUUAAAGUGAAUUAGAUAUUUAAAUGCUGAGUAUGAGCUGUAUACUGCCAAAUCAUCGCAGGCCGGUUUCCACUCAGGCUGCCCUGCUUGCACGAUUCCAACUGAAGAUAUUUGGCGAAAUAACGAAUCGGCCAAUCUACGAAUCGGCCAAUUAACAAGUCGGCUAAUUAACGAAAUGGCCAAUUAACGAAUCGGCCAAUUAAAGAAUCGGCCAAUUAACGAAUCGACCAAUCUACGAAUCGGUCAAUUAACGAAUCGGCCAAUUAACGAGUCGGCCAAUUAACAAAAUGGCCAAUUAACGAAUUGGCCAAUUACAGAAUCGGCCAAUCUACGAAUCGGCAAUUAACGAAUCGGCCAUUUAACGAAUCGGCCAAUUAACGAAUCGGCCAUUUAACGAGUCGGCCAUUGAACUAAUCGGCCAAUUAGCAAAAGUUGCUUGGAAGCUGAACCGAAUUGUACUACUCGGUGGAUGAUUGUGUAUUUACAUCCACAGUGAAAGUUAAACCUCGCGAAUGCUCUAUAGAAAAAUCCGUUACACUUGAUUAAAACUUUAUGUUAUCUUCGUAUACUUGUCUUUAAUUUGUGUAUACCAACAUUAAUUAGAAUCUAUUGACAAUUACUAGAGUCUAAUCUAUAGAUAAUUAUGUAAACUGAUUUGCUAGAGGUGGCAAAAUUUUAAAACAUUAACAUUGUGGAUAGAGUUUAAAAACGCUCUCGUAAUUUAGAAAUAGGGGAGUUGGUACCUUUGAUGAGGACGGGAAAUGUAUUAACGGGAUUUAGCUGUAAAUGGUUCA